AUGUGGGCUCCAGGCUGUUCACCAGCAGACAAACAAACAAAUGGGGGCAAAAACAGAACCUCCUUCAACUUCAUUGGCGAGGACGAAUGGAAGAAGAAGGUGAGCGAGUCGUACUCUGUGAUCGCUGAGAAGUUGGAAGAUGACCACCAGGUCAAAGAGAGUGCACUCGUGGAGCUCAGACUGGCCUUCAGCUCUGAUGAGGCUUUUAAGAAGGUGAACAUCAACUACCGCACGGAGAAGGGGCUGUCGCUGCUGCAUCUCUGCUGCGUAUGUGGAGGGAACAAAUCCCAUGUCAGCACCCUGAUGCUUAAAGGCUUGCGUCCCACCAGACUGAGCAAAAAUGGAUUCACUGCACUCCACCUGGCUGCUUACAAGGACAAUGCUGAACUUGUGACUGCACUUCUUCAUGGAGGAGCAGACAUCCAGCAAGUGGGCUACAGCGCCCUCACUGCUCUGCAUAUAGCCACCCUGGCUGGACACCAUGAGACGGUAGAUAUACUUCUGCAGCAUGGAGCAUCUGUGAACAUGCAGGAUGCUGUGUUUUUCACUCCAUUACAUAUUGCUUCAUACAUCGGCCACGAGCAGGUGGCAAAGCUGCUCCUUAAGUUUGGAGCGGAUGUGAAUAUGAGUGGUGAGGUGGGGGAUCGACCGCUGCACCUGGCUGCAGCCAAGGGUUUCCUGGACAUUACUAAACUGCUGAUGGGAGAAGGGAGCAAAGCUGAUGUGAAUGCCCAGGACAACGAAGAUCACGUUCCUCUUCACUUCUGUGCACGUUUUGGCCACCACGAGAUUGUCCGAUUCCUUCUUCAGGGCAACUUCGACCUACAGCCUCAUUCUGUCAACAUCUAUGGCGACACACCGUUACACUUGGCCUGCUAUAAUGGCAAAUUUGAGGCAUUGAAGGAGCUCAUCCGGCUUUCUGGCACCGAAAGUCUGUCAAAGGAGAACAUAUUCAGUGAGACGGCACUUCACAGUGCGUGCACCUAUGGUAAAGACCUGGAGAUGGUGAAGUUCUUGUUGAGUCAAAAUGCUAUGAGCAUCAACCAUCAGGGCAGAGACGGGCAUACAGCUCUUCACAGUGCCUGUUUCCACGGCCACAUCCGCCUGGUACAGUUCUUGCUGGACAGCGGUGCAGAUAUGAACCUGGUUGCGUGCGACCCCAGCAGGUCGAGCGGGGAGAAGGAUGAGCAGACCUGCCUGAUGUGGGCUUACGAAAAAGGUCAUGAUUCCAUCGUUACUUUGCUAAAACACUACAAACGUCCCGAUGACUCCCCUUGCAAUGAGUAUUCACAACCAGGAGGGGAUGGGUCCUAUGUUUCUGUCCCAUCUCCUCUGGGGAAGAUAAAAAGCAUGACAAAAGAAAAAGCAGAAGUGCUCCUGCUCAGAGCCAGCCUGCCGCCUCAUUUCCACCUUCAGCUCUCCGAGUUGGAAUUUCAUGAAAUUAUUGGAUCAGGCUCCUUUGGAAGAGUCUACAAAGGAAAAUGCAGAAACAAAAUCGUUGCCAUAAAACGCUACCGAGCCAACACGUACUGCUCCAAGUCGGAUGUGGAUAUGUUCUGCAGAGAGGUUUCCAUCCUUUGUUGCCUCAACCAUCCGUGCAUCAUCCACUUUGUGGGAGCAUGUCUGGAUGACCCCAGUCAGUUUGCCAUUGUUACGCAGUAUGUCUCCGGAGGCUCGCUCUUCUCCCUGCUGCACGAGCAGAAAAGGCUUAUCGACCUGCAGUCUAAGCUAAUCAUCGCCAUUGACGUGGCCAAGGGCAUGGAGUACCUGCACAACCUGACGCAACCCAUCAUCCACAGGGACCUCAACAGUCACAACAUUCUUCUGUAUGAGGAUGGACAUGCUGUAGUGGCUGACUUUGGAGAAUCUCGAUUUCUACAAUCUGUUGAGGAGGAUAACAUGACCAAGCAGCCUGGGAACCUGCGCUGGAUGGCUCCUGAGGUAUUUACCCAGUGUACCCGAUAUUCAGUGAAGGCAGACAUGUUCAGCUAUGCUCUCUGUCUGUGGGAGCUGCUUACUGGAGAAGUUCCUUUUGCUCAUUUGAAACCAGCCGCUGCGGCAGCAGACAUGGCCUACCAUCAUAUUCGGCCUCCUGUCGGCUAUUCCAUCCCUAAACCCAUCUCUGCACUUCUGAUGAGAGGCUGGAAUUCCAGUCCAGAGGACCGGCCUGAGUUCUCUGAAGUUGUUUCCAGCCUGGAGGAAUGCUUGUGUAAUGUUGAGCUGAUGUCUCCAGCCUCCAGUAACAGCAGUGGCUCCCUGUCACCCUCCUCCUCCUCUGACUGUCUGCUCGGACGAGCAGGACCCGGCCGAAGCCACGUGGCGGCCCUGCGUUCCCGUUUCGAACUUGAGUACGCACUCAACACUCGUGCCUACGCUGUCUGGAGCCAGAGUGAGCAGCGACGUGCAUCUGGAGGACUUUCAUCUGAGGAAUUACGAAGAAACCUGCAGUUUUCGCCAAUAGACCGAAAUGGGUAUGUCUCUGACCCCAUGAGCACGGUGCGUUUCUGCUCCUCUUUCAGCAGCAGCGGCAGCUUCGAGGACAGUAACUGAUUCAUCAUGACUAUAGAGAGUCCUCUUAAAAGAAAACUGUAAUAAAUAUAGAGUAACAGAUGUUGUACAUUUGGAGUGAGGCAUGAACUGAAAGGUUGAAGUUCUAAAGUAAUAGGAUAGUAGUAGAUGACCUUUUUUGUUUUAAACUUGUUACAUAUAAAAUUUGGAAUAUUUUGUUUUAAAUCUUGUAAAUAUAUGAAGCACUACUUCUGUUGCUGUGUAAAAAAAAAAAAAAAAAAAAAUUGUACGGAACUGAAAUGCUGUCACGGAGAAGUGGCGUGAAUAUGCAUUUUAAACUUGAGAUCUACUCACAUCGUCAUGGUGUGUAAAAAAAAAAAAUAAAUACAGAGUUAGUGUAAUAUCAUGGUGUUUUAUUGUUUGAGCAGUCACAUCACACAAG